CGCCCCAUACCUAACUCAUACUGGGCCACUCCCCUCCUUCUCGCAUGCGAGUACCCAUGGUCCCCUUUUGAAACCUCGACCCAAAAACUCGACAAGCUCCUCGCCGCCGGCGUCCGCACCUUUAUAGACCUCACUGAGCCUCAGGAACUCACGCCCUACAAGCCCCACCUCCCAAGGCACAUCCUUGCCGCCGGCCUGGAUGCGACUACCAUCUCCUACCACCAGUUCCCCAUACCUGAUCGUUCGCUGCCUCACAAGCCAACAUAUUUCAUGCGUCUAGUACUAAAUGUACUCAGGGAAAAUGCAGAGCAAGGGCGUGUGUGUGCUGUGCAUUGCCGUGGUGGGAUAGGAAGAACCGGCUUAGUUAUUGGGUGCUGGCUCGUGGAGGCUGGAAUCGCUCGGGACGGCGAAGAAGCGCUGCGGAUCAUCGAACGGGAAUGGCGAACCGUCGAGAAGUGCAAGCGUUUUCCGCACUCGCCAGAGACUGGCCCGCAGUUCGAGUUUGUUAGGAACUUCACGAGUCCAGCGAUGGUGCUUGUCUAA